UCUCCUGCCACAAUUCAUUUGAUUCUCCAAACUGCUUGAGGGCAGAGGACCGUACUCGGUUUAAUUUCUCCACAAGUCAACUUCCAUUCUGUGUUUUUGCUCUGGAGCUCACAAGUAUUUCUGUUUCUCGGCUUCCUCCAGCCGUCUGCAAAAAGUUGGGCACCGUCAAGAGUUCUUCAAAACUGUAGUCUUUUGUUUUUUGUUUUUUUUUCACGACAACAGAAAGACAAGACUGCCUAGCCACCUCAAGCCUGUGGAUUUCUUCUGCCUCUUUGUGAGGAUCUUCUAGUGCUGUCUUGUGAAACGAAAACAUGGGGAAGCAGAACAGUAAGCUCCGCCCUGAGGUGAUGCAGAACCUGUUGGAGAGCACUGACUUCACGGAGCAUGAGAUCCAGGAAUGGUACAAGGGGUUUCUACGUGACUGUCCCAGCGGCAACCUCUCCAUGGAGGAGUUUAAGAAAAUCUAUGGAAAUUUCUUCCCUUAUGGUGAUGCCUCGAAAUUUGCAGAGCACGUGUUCCGUACUUUUGAUGCGAACGGCGACGGCACAAUAGACUUUCGGGAGUUUAUAAUUGCAUUGAGUGUCACAUCACGAGGGAAGCUGGAACAGAAGCUUAAGUGGGCAUUUAGCAUGUAUGAUUUGGAUGGAAACGGAUACAUCAGCAAGUCAGAGAUGCUUGAGAUCGUGCAGGCGAUUUAUAAGAUGGUGUCAUCAGUGAUGAAGAUGCCAGAGGAUGAAUCCACGCCUGAGAAGAGAACAGAGAAGAUCUUCAGACAAAUGGACACCAACCGAGAUGGGAAACUGUCUCUGGAGGAGUUCAUCAAAGGGGCAAAGAGUGACCCAUCCAUCGUGCGUCUGCUGCAGUGUGACCCCAGCAGUGCGGGACAGUUCUGAGAUCUGUGUCUCAUGCUUCAUUUUAUUUAUUUAUGGGUUUUAAUUUAGUUUUUGAUAUAGUUACGCCUUCCACUCGGAAGAAAAUUAUGGAGGAUCCAUUUCAUUCCAGAGUCGGGCAUCUGGGUCCCAUCACAUUGAGCUUGGCCAGAUAUAGUCACACACAUGCACACAUCAAGGAGCUCCACGUACUCUUCUCUCACACACACACACACACACACACACACACACCGUCAUAGGCUGCGUUAUAUCUAUAGGGAGCUGCAACAGGUCUGCAGGCCUGUGAUGGGGUGAAUUAUGGUAAAUAGAGCAUCUAUCUGAGCUCAAAUCACUUCCUGAUUAGUAAACCGGUUUCAUAUCAUAUUAAAUACAUAGUCAAGAAUUAUUUCUUAUAUUAUUGUAGUUAUAUAUUCUUUGUGUUGUAUAUGGGACUUUUUUUUUUAAAGUUUGGUCAAGAAAGGAAAUUUUAGUAGUUGUUUAAGAGGAAAGAUGUUUUUUUCUUAAAUCUGAUGCCUGAAUCAUUGUUCAAGAGAGAAAAAUCAUGUCCAACAGUAGCUCAAACAGGUAACAGUAGUGGCAUCACUCUAGGUUUUAGAUUAGUCACACCUCCUUUUGAUUUAAAUAUUUGGGGUAGUCAGUACAGCACUUUAAAGUCCUAGUCUCAACCAACUUUAUUGUUGGAACAUCACAGUAUUAUUAGCCCACGGGACCAAUCAAUCAGGCAUACAGAUCUUUGUUAUUGUACACAGAUAAUUCCCCACAUUUUGCUUACGAUAUCAAGAGCCUUAUUACCUAGUGCUGGAAGCGCACAUACAUUUUGUGUGAAUUAGUUUGAUUUUAGUACAAAGUCUACGGUUUCUCUUUUUCCAGUUUUCUAAUGUUUGCACUCUAGUAACGUGUAGGCUUGUAUAUUAAUCUGAAACAUGAAAUGUUAGACACGCAUGCAAAACUGUUCUCAGAGUUCCAUAGGAUGCAGCAAUCGGUUUUGUUGAUGUUUUUGCAAAGCAUGUAACACCCAUUUUAUCAGCAUUUGUGGACAGGGGGUAUUUGUGUAAUUUGUAUGCAUGUAGUGCGUGUACGUGUGUGGUUAAGAUCAGUUGCAGCCGUGUUCGCUCACUCUGGUUAUAGAUGUUGUGAUGCAUUGUUUGAAUUAUUGCAGAAAGUGGGCUAAUAACUCUGUUAUUGAAGAACUAAAGCUUUUUAUUAUUAUUCAGAGCUAGCAUGAUUUUAGAAUCACUUUUAUUUGCUAUACAAAACUCUGGAUUGUACACGAGCAUCAUCAAAUUACUGAAUUGCCUUACACACUCAAAUGAUUCUGUGGGUGAGUGAUUUUUAUAUGGCUUUGUUCAUUUUUGUAAUUCCGCUUCAAUUGCAGUAAAUUAGCUUGCAUUUGAAAUGACAUCCUGCAAGAGAGUUUAGUUUUAUGCUCAUUCAAUUCGCCCAUUAACAGAUUAAAAAAAGGCAUGUAAUUAUGUUGACUGCCUAUUAUUUAAUAUUUGAAUCUGCCAUACUGAAUUAUCUGAUACUUAUUUAAAAUCAACAUUGACUAUAAUUAGGAAUAGAACCCAUUUCUCUUGAUUUGGAACUCUCCGCACAAAAGGGGAUUCCGCAAUAGAUUAUUAAAGUCAUAAUAGUUAUCAUAUCACCUUCUGUCCUGCUUUUAGUUAGCAUGCCGAAGUCACAGAGCUCCACAAUUCUACUUCUGCUGGAGUUCAAUGUUCUUGAAUGUCUCUGAAAAUGUCUAAUACCUCACCACCAGUUCUGCUCUACAGUUUAUUGAACCUUUUUGAAUGUUUUUUUUUUUCUUUUUCUUUUUUUUUUUUUUACUCCUUGAACAACUGCUGUUUUGUAAAAAAUGAAAACGUUGAAAUGGCAGAUCAAAACUGCAAUGUUAUAAUUUUUUUUUUUCAUGCUUUAUGCAUAUUUUAUGUAGUUUUAGUUUGGUUUUGUUUUUACAUCUGACGUAACAUUUCUGUGACAAAAUUGUACCAUGUGGUCAGGUGCCAAAAAUAUAAAAGCAGUAUUGUAUACAUUUAUACUGUACAAUUGUUAUUUGUAAAACAAAUUGUUUGUAAUUGUUGCAUUUUGUAGAUUUUAUAUGGUAAUCUGUAUUUUGUGACUGUAGAUUUGAGACAUAGAAAUUAGUUUUGGUUAGCAUAUUGAGCAGAAAUUAAAUCUGGAGUGAACAG